AUGCCUCUCGCUGUCGGAACGUCGGCCUUCAAGUCCGAGGUCGAGGUCGCCCAGGCUGAGACUCCAGAGUUGGAGCAGGUCAAAUGGUGGCGUGAACCCGGUCUGCGAAGACUGUACGUUUGGGCCGCUGUUCUUUGCGUCGCGUCUGCGACUACUGGAUAUGAUGGAAUGAUGCUCAACACCUCGCAAAAUCUGGAUGCAUGGCAGAGCUAUUUCAAGGCCCCGUCCGGCUCCAAGCUGGGAUUGAUGAAUGCCAUCUACCAGAUUGGUAGUCUGGCUGGUUUCCCAGUCGUUCCGUUCAUGGCCGAUCGCUGGGGUCGUAAGCUCCCCAUCAUCCUCGGAUGUCUUCUGAUGAUCCUCGGUGGAUUCCUUGGCGCAUUCUGCAAGGAUUAUGGAAUGUACGUUGCCGGUCGACUAUUCCUUGGCUUUGGCAACAGUCUGGCCCAGAUGGCCUCGCCGGUGCUUCUCACUGAGAUCUGCCACCCCCAGCAUCGUGGAAAGGUCACUACCAUCUACAAUUGCUUGUGGAACCUGGGCGCAUUGGUUGUCGCGUGGAUUGCUUGGGGCACGAUGUACAUUAACAAUGACUGGUCUUGGCGGAGCAUAACCUUGCUUCAAGUCUUCCCCGCUGUGAUUCAGAUUUCCCUCAUUUGGUGGGUCCCGGAGUCUCCUCGUUGGCUGGUUUCCAAGGAGCGAUACGAUGAAGCCCUCCAAACCCUGGCUUAUUAUCACGGGAACGGCGACGAACGCAAUGCGACUGUCCAGUUCGAAUACCGCGAAAUCAAAGAGACCAUUAGUUUGGAGAUGCAGUACCAGAAGAACAGCAGCUAUCUUGACUUCAUGAAAACCCGUGGCAAUCGCUAUCGUCUGGCCCUGCUGAUUUCGUUGGGUGUCAUCUCGCAGUACAGUGGUAAUGCCUUGUUCAGCAACUAUACCAGCUUGAUUUACAACAGCAUGGGUAUUACCGAGCAAACCAAGAAGAUCCCCCUGAAUGGCGGCCAAACACUGCUGAGUUUGGUAGUCAGUGUUAGCAGUGCGUUCUUCGUGGACCGAGUUGGACGGCGGCCUCUCUUCCUGAUCUCCACCGUGGGUAUGGUUCUCAUGUUCCUUGCGUGGACGGUCACGUCCUCGGUCUAUGAGAGAACUCAAGAUGUCAAGACCUCGGGAUAUCCGCAGGUUGUGUUCGUCUGGCUGUUCUCUGUGUUCUACGCGAUCGCCUGGUCUGGUCUCCUGGUUGCCUACACGCUCGAGAUUCUGCCAUACCGACUGCGCGCCAAGGGUAUCAUGAUUAUGAACUUGACUGUCCAAGCCUCCCUGGUCCUCGGAAACUAUACCAACCCCAUUGCCUGGGAGAACCUGCCCCAUCACUGGAAUUUGUCGCUCAUCUAUACGAUCUGGAUCUUUAUUGAGUUACUGUUUGUCUACUUCUUCUAUGUGGAAACCAGAGGCCCGACUCUAGAAGAGCUGGCCAAGAUCUUCGACGGCGAAAGCGCGGCCGUCGCCCAUGUAGAUCUUCAUGAAGUCGAAAAGGAACUUCACAUUGAUGAUAAACGAGCAACCACCCAUGUGAAAGCUGUCUAA